AUGUCUACAGCGGUAACACUUACUUUGCCUAAUGGGAAACAAUACCAGCAGCCAACUGGUAUUUUCAUUGGCAAUAAAUUUGUCCAAGCUUCUGGGGAUACCCUAGACGUCAUCGAUCCUGCCACCGAGGAGAAGAUCAUCUCCGUUCAAGGGGCCUCUCAAACUGACGUGGACGAGGCUGUGGCUGUGGCACGCGCGGCCUUUGAGGGCGAGUGGCGAAGCUUGUCAUCUACUCAGCGCGGGGGGUAUUUGUACCGGUUGGCGGAGCUCAUCCACCGUGACCGCGAGCUGAUUGCCGCUAUCGACGCUUGGGAUAAUGGAAAGCCUUAUGCAGCUACCUUGGACGGUGACCUAGAUGAAGCCUACAAUGUCUUUCGAUACUAUGCCGGGUGGGCAGACAAGAUUACUGGACGUACCAUUGAGACCUCCCCGGCAAAGUUGGCCUAUGUUUUGCAAGAGCCGCUGGGUGUCUGUGGUCAAAUCAUCCCAUGGAAUUAUCCCUUUAUGAUGCUCGCGUGGAAGGUUGCCCCUGCCCUUGCAUGCGGCAAUGUCGUCGUCCUGAAGCCUGCGGAGCAGACGCCCCUGUCUGCUCUUUACUUCGGGAAACUAGUUGUCGAGGCUGGCCUCCCAGCCGGCGUCGUGAACAUUAUACCUGGCAUCGGCAUCCUGGCAGGAAAGGCGCUGGCCGAGCACCAAGGUGUUGACAAGAUCGCCUUUACAGGUAGUACGAACACCGGCCGGCUAAUCAUGAAGUCCGCCGCAAGCAACCUCAAAAACAUCACUCUGGAAUGUGGUGGCAAGAGCCCGAGUCUGGUCUUCGCCGACGCAGAUCUUGAGCAGGCUGUUAAAUGGUGCCACUUUGGCAGCAUGGAUAAUCAGGGCCAGGUGUGCACCUCAACAUCACGUAUUUAUGUUCAAGAGGCCAUCUACGACGCAUUCGUCAAGCGAUUUGUGCAGGUCACCGAUGACAAUGCAAAGAUAGGAAAUGCCUUUGCGGAUGAUGUCUUCCAAGGCCCGCAGGUCUCAUCUGUUCAAUAUGAAAAGAUCUUGUCGUACAUCGAACAAGGGAAGAAGGAGGGCGCAAAGCUCGUGUACGGCGGGAAGAAACAUGGCAAGAAUGGAUAUUUCGUGGAGCCCACAGUGUUCGUGGAUACAACCGAGGACAUGAGCAUUGUGAAGGAAGAGAUUUUCGGGCCCGUAGUCGUGAUCAGCAAAUUUUCAACGGAGGAAGAAGCCAUUCGCAAGGCGAACGCCACUUCGUACGGCCUCGCUGCGGCUGUGUUUUCGGAGAAGGUCUCCCGCGCUCACAUCGUGGCGAGCAAGUUGCAGGCUGGCAUGGUAUGGAUAAAUUCUUCAGGCGACUCCCACUACGGCAUCCCGUUCGGUGGCUACAAAUCCUCGGGCAUUGGACGGGAGCUGGGUUCCUACGCUUUGGAUGCAUACACGCAAUCAAAAGCGGUUCAUGUCAAUCUCGGAUUUCGGCUCUGA